AGUUUUCUUAAAACUCUCUAACUUAGGGUUUUUCUUUCGGUUCUCAAUCUCUUCCCGUCGUUCUAAAUCAUGGCCACGUCGUCUUCAAAGAAGAUCGUUCUGAAAAGUUCCGACGGUGAGACCUUCGAAGUUGAUGAGGCGGUGGCGGUGGAGUCUCAGACGAUCAAGCACAUGAUCGAAGAUAACUGCGCUGGCAGCAGCAUCCCUGUACCCAACGUCACAAGUAAGAUCCUCUCGAAGGUGAUUGAAUACUGUAAGAAGCACGUUGAUACACCGAAAACCGAUGAUAAGACAGCCGCGGAGGAUCUGAGGUCGUUUGAUACCGAAUUCACGAAUGUCGAUCAAGGCACUUUGUUUGAUCUUAUUCUGGCUGCUAACUAUUUAAACAUCAAGAACUUACUGGAUCUGACCUGUCAAGCUGUUGCUGACAUGAUGAAAGGCAAGACUCCUGAACAAAUUCGCGAGCUCUUCAACAUCAAGAACGAUUUCACUCCAGAAGAAGAAGCAGAAGUGCGCAAGGAGAAUGCCUGGGCAUUUGAGUAAGUCAUGUAGGUCUCAACUGUCGAUAGCGUAGUAGUAUAUAAAGUCGGUGACUUGUUUUUUUAUUAACUUUUUUUGGGGGGGUCUGAAUUU